GAUCUGUGUUUCAUCGCUCUUGCCUCAGAUCGGAAACUCCCGCGGGACUGUGCUUUCUUUUUUGGCUUGAAAAAAUCCCCUUUUUAACAACCACAGUUGCUAUUCUUUCAUUACGAAGACACAGAAGUUGGCAUGGGCAAACUUGGGCCCUCGGGGUGUUUCGGACUGCAACUCCCACCAUUCCUAACAGCCUGCACUAUGUAACACAACUUUUGUUCCCGGCUCAUCAAAGCCAUUUCCUAAUUAGUGGGAAAAGUUUAUUAAGAUGCCCAAACUUGAGGGACAUCAUGCAGCACAUUUGGCUCUAAUUUUCCAAUGAAUAUCUCAUUGUCGAGUCUCAACCAAUUCGGGUUUUGGAGAAUAUCAUAUAUAUCCUGGGCAAGGCAUGUCAAAGGUGUCCUUUUGCUUUAGAUCCAUCCUUAGCCAAAGGAAGAGCUGCUGGCACAGAACAAGCCUCCUUCGGUGGGAGGAGGAGGACCGUCAACAGGUCUAGACGGCACAUUGGAGCGGCGCAUUUCUCUCUUUGCUCCGGACAGAGCAGCAUGGAAGUCCGCCGGCCGGUCAGCAUGCUGCGCAUAGCUUGGCUCCUUGGCUUUCUGAUUGGCAUUCCCUCAAGGAACACUUUGGGCUUCACCAUCCCUGCCGAAAACCAGACUGCAAAAGGUUCUGCCUCCGACGGCCUGAUCAUCGAGACAUUCGGGGAGGUGUUUGAAUUCGUCUCUUCCGCUCUAGACUGGUGGCACGCGGACGGGUAUUGCCGGCAGCGUUUUGCUCACUUGCCCUCCGAGACCCGGGACAGCGAAGUGGCAUCUCUGGGCAAGAAGCUGCGCUCUCACCAAAUCCAGGAUGCCGUCUGGUUAAAGGAUGAGGAGGUCUACCUGCGGAGGCCACGGCACAGGCGAAUCCACUCCAUGCCCAUCUUGAUGUUCCAGAACAAAACGGACACCAAGUUUGUGAAAGUCUUGUCCGACUUCCCAGCAAUGCCGGCCGUGAGCGCUUGUGCGCACCUCCAAUGGGAUCAGCGAGCCACCGAGAUCUCCACCGUCUUCUCCUACGCUGUCUCGGCCUUCAUCAAUGAGUUCCAGCUUCGUGGAUUCAAGGAUGAGGACGGCUUUGUCCGCUUCGCCGUCAUCCUCCACGGGCACCAUUCCCCGUACCUGCCGGUGUUCCGGGCCGACGGGCGAUGGCACCACUUUUGCGUCGUGUGGCAGCAGCGCAACGGGACGUGGGCCGUCUAUGCCGACGGGAAGGAGAAGGCCUCGUCCGUGGGGCUCUCCGUGUCCCACACUGUCAACGCGCACGGGACCUUCAUCAUUGGUCAGGACCAGGACUCUCUCGGAGGGGCCUUCAAGGAGAAAGAGUCCUUCAGCGGGAACCUCACCGGCCUCCACGUGUGGCACCGCGUCCUCAGCAAGGAGCAGGUGGAGAAGGUGCGCUCCUGCGUCCCUGUCACCGAAGGGCUGGUGUUUGGCUGGAGCCGUGACAUCCUCGAGGUGGAAGCGAGUGUCGAGGAAGCCACGGUGCAGCUCACCUGCCCAGGACCCACGGAAGAAUGCCAAGUCCUGGAAGUCCCUCAUGGGAGUGUCCGUUCCAUCUCUUGCCUCCGUCCUCAGCCUUUCGUUUGCCUCUACUCAAAAGAUCUUUAUUUCCGGCUGAAAGAAAUGCAGUCCCAGCCUGUCCCUCCGCUCAUUGCGCAGGUCAACAUGCGGGCGAACGUAACCGUGAUCCCUGCAAACGUUUUCCAGGCUGACGUCCAAAGCUUGAAUGCUUCGGCCGCGGCCGGAGUCCUCGGAGCAGUGGAGAAGGUCCUGUUGAGCGCGGAGCCUCCACCUCUGGAUGCAGGUGGCCUUCUGGGGGUCUUCCAGGUGUUGAAGGAGGUCUCAGUCUCUUCUGUGGAAGCGGAGGAGCCGGAAGAGCUGGAGGCGCUGGAGGCGCUUGGGCAGCAUUAUGUGCAGGUGGCCGGGAUCAUCUUAGAAGAAGACAACGCCAAGGAAUGGUCUGAGAUCAAGCCGAUCAUCGGCGGACCCAUGGCUGUGGUUGAAAACGUGGAUAAGAUGGCUUCCGCCUUCCAGCAGCUCCUGAGCACAGAGAGGCCAAAAGUCACCUUCCAGAACAAGAAUAUUGGUGUGGAAGUCCGGCGCAUGGAGCUUGGCACGCCGGCUGCGUAUGUGAUGCCGAACCAGCGCCAAGAGGUGCCCGAUUGGAUCGAGGUUCCAACAGAGGAAGUGGAGAGACUGAGAGGGAGAGGCCUGAAGCACAUCACCCUCACAAACACCUGGUACAGGUACGGGUCUCUGCAGCGCCUUUUGAGUGGUGCCGGUGCCGUGUUCGAGGAUGCCGCUGUGUCGGAUGGAGGCCGGAGGUACGUCAGCACCCAGGUGGGCUCCUCCAUCAUCUCCUCCACGCUGGUCAGCGAUUACGAGGAAAUCAGCACCUCUGUGCAUUACCGCCUCCAUCACCAGGCCCAGGCUCUUCCAGACCAGCUUGUUGUUCCCGUCUGCGCUUUCUGGAACUUCAGCAAAAGUCCGGAAGGAGUCGGAAGCUGGUCCACCGCUGGCUGUUCUGUAGUCAAUUCCCACCCGGAAUUCACCGCCUGUUCUUGCAACCACACCACCAACUUUGCGGUGCUGCUGCAGGUGUUUGAGGUCCAGCGGAGCGCAGAGGAGGAGUCCGUCCUGAAGACCCUGACGUUCGUCGGCUGCGGCGUUUCCUUCUGUGCCCUGAUCGUCACCUUUGUCCUCUUCUUGGCUGUUGGUGUCCCCAAGAGCGAGCGAACCACGGUGCACAAGAACCUGAUCUUCGCCUUGGCGGCUGCAGAAGCUUUGCUCAUGUUUAGCGAGUUGGCCAAAACCAACCAGGGAGUCUGCUUCGCCGUCACGGCCUUCCUCCACCUCUUCUUCAUGGCCGCUUUUGCCUGGAUGCUGGUGGAAGGUCUUCUACUGUGGAGCAAAGUGGUGGCAGUCAACAUGAGUGAGGACCGGAGGAUGAAGUUUUACUACAUCACCGGAUGGGGGCUUCCCAUCGUCAUUGUUGGCGUGACCCUGGCCACCUCCUUCAACAAGUACGUGGCCGACAACCACUGCUGGCUGAACGUGCAGACGGACAUCAUCUGGGCCUUCGUUGGGCCGGUCCUCUUUGUCUUGACGGUGAACACCUUUGUGCUUUUCCGGGUGGUGGUGGUGACCGUGUCCAGCGCACGGAGGCGCUCGAGGAUGCUGACGCCCAACAGCAGCCUGGAGAAGCAAAUUGGCAUCCAGAUCUGGGCGACCGCCAAGCCGGUGCUGGUGCUGCUCCCGGUGCUCGGCCUCACCUGGGUGUGCGGGGUCCUGGUCCACCUCAGCGUCACCUGGGCCUACAUCUUCAUUGUGCUCAACUCCCUCCAGGGUCUCUACAUAUUCCUGGUCUACGCCAUUUACAACAGUGAGGUGCGCAACGCCAUCCAGCGCAUGAAGGAGAAGAAGAAGGCGCUGUCCUUCACGAACUGUUCCCAUCCCAUCAAUUACCUGUCGAGCCCCAGAAACACCUCCUGGGAGAUGGGCAAGUUCAGCCCUUCUGGGAUGGAGAACGCCGCAAAGGGCACCACGGUGAAGGAAGCCACGGUGAAGAACCCCAACCACAAAGGGAACUUCGGAGCCAAAAUGCCAAUGGGACUCUCCGCCAUCAUGGCACCGGACAGGCCGGCUGUGCAGCUGACGGCAUUCAAAUCCUCAGGUUUGUGAGAGGAGCUGUUCCAAGCAAUGUUUGUUCCACAAACAUCCAAGAAUUUCUUCAGGAGGACGAGAAGAUGAAAGCCGAGGAGAUGCCAGCACCCCUUCAAGAUCCAGCAUUAAACGGGCAGUAUUGUGAAUCA